UUUACAUCGAGGGAAUUUGAAUGUGUGAGAACCUGGCAAAAGCAAUUUGUUUAAAACCUCAACAUGGAAAAGUGUUUUAAAGGAGGUGAGCAUGCGGCCUCCUUCAAGAAAAAAUCAAGCACAAUCGACAAGAGGGCAUUAAGAGCUCAUCGCAAAUCCAUUGACCGGCAAAACAAACGAGAUGACCAGCUAAACAAGCGAAGAAAGAUGCCAGCCGUGCUCUCUCCUUUGGUUGAGAUCGACCAAAACAAAGCAGGGGAAGAUGUCAGGAAAAAAGGAGAGGGUGAAACUCCCAAGAGAAAGCCAAGAUGUGAAACUCCCAGGAGCAAACCUAGAGCUUCCAAAGUAUCAAGACGGGAAAUGCUGCAAAAAUGGAAGCAAGAAAAGGAUCUCAAGAGAAAACUUGAUGCAAAAUCAAAAGCAAAUAAGCAACCCUUUAAAGUGUCAAUAGUUCACCACAGUGUUGCCGAGAUAAAGAAUAAUACAAAUCAAAAGCUGUCAACUACUGUAAUCCAUCAACCUAAAAAGAAUUCCUCCCAGGCCCCAGUGAGCAGAAAUCCCGUCAAAGCUGUAACAAAGCCAGAGCCUGUCAGGAGACCGUCAACCAGGGCAGCUGCUAAAGCUGCUAACAAGGCCAUUUUGACCAAAGGACCAACCAAGAAGCAAAAGACUGCUGAGUCAAAACCAAAACAGGAACCCGAGAAAGAAGACACUGCCCAAGAACCAAAUAUUGCAGGUCAUAGUGGUCUUACUUCCUUUGCUCCUGUGGAUUUUACAUUUGCUGCUCCAUCCAACUUGUCACCUUUUGAGUUCAAGCCACUUAGUCCGGCUAGUGCUGCUAGCUUCCUGUUCCCCAGCCAAGAAGGAGGAUCUUAUCUUACUAGCUCUGUGACAAAGAGAAGAUGCUCCACCCCAAAAGGCCAGAGUGUAAAGCGCAGUUCUAAGGUUGUGCACUCUCCGCAACCCACUAUCCAGUCUGCCUCUGAGGAAUCUGCGGACGAGAACACUGUGCCAAGUCAGGGGGUCAGUAAGGUGACCAGAACACCUCAGGCCACUGACCAGAGGUCACAGGGGAUGGACACCUCACUCACAAAGAAAGAGACCAAAACCCCAUUGCAGUUCACCUUCAAGACUCCACUAAGAGCAUCUUCCAAAAAGCUAAAAAGUAAAAACCUUACUCCCGAAGAAAAGGUUGCAAUGAUCUGCCAGAGUCCAAUGAUUGAAGUGAGGAAGAAGACACCAAAAGAGAAAACUCCAACUUCAGAACAACAGGCACCCCUGCCAUCAUUUGAUGAUAUAGACACGGUCUGUGCACCUGUGAACCUCAACUCCCAGCUAGAAGCCACCAUUGUGGACAUAAAACCAGGGGGCAGCAGCAGUGGCGAGCAUGAUGUGCCGUACUUCAGGAAUUUAUUAACAUCUGAGACCAGCAGACUGACCUCAUUGUGCAAGCACUGGGAGGAGGUGAACAGUUCCACUCCUGAUAUACCUGAAGAUGCUCGUGGUCAGAUCCGUACCACUAUUGGUCAAGCCCAGCUUUUGAUGGACCAGCGAUUUAAGCAGUUUAGUGGCCUGGUGGACAACUGUGAAUACAAGACUGGAGAAAAGGAGACCACCUGCACUGAUUUACAGGGUUUUUGGGAUAUGGUCUAUUUUCAAGUGGAAGAUGUAAAUGUCAAAUUCAGUGGCCUGGAAAAACUCCAGGCCAAAAGUUGGGUAGAGGAGAAACCAGAGCAAGUUGCAAAAAAGGAAAUACCGAAGAAAGCUACCAAGAAAUCUACUAAACCAGUGGUGAAGUCCAAAUUUGCUGAGUUCCGUGCGCAAAUGAAGGCACAGCAGAAGCAGCAACAAGAGCAGCAGGUGCCCGUAGUUGUGGAGCCCCAGGAAAUGAAAACUUUUGAUGCAGGGUUCUUCAAAGUCAACAGUCCUGUUAAGAGUCCUAUGCAGCAAGGAGAAGGCAAAUCACCAAGAAAUAUGCCAGGAAAUUCCAGUCCACUCUUGAUGUCAGCACUGUCUGCCAGUAGGAGACCCAAGGUGCCAAGUCCACUACUAAAGGAUACAACCUCUCUGCUAGAAAAUAACCAGCCAGGUGAUUCUUCCACAACACAGCAGGCUGACAGAGAGAUUUCAGCUGCAUCCCCUCAACUUCUUUCACGCUCUAUUGCCAAUGCCCCAGUUGUCCCCAGCCCUCUACUUCUGGACAUCACCCCAGGGUUGAGGACACGCAGCAGUCGUAGGUCACGCACGUCAAUUGGGUCCAGGUCCACUCCAGGAACUCAGAAAACUAGACGACAGUCUCGUAGGUCAGUUGGGACACCUUUGCAGAAAAUUCUCACUGAGGAUGUUAGUACGCCAAGCAGUUUGAGGCGUUCCAGAAGAAGCGUUUCAAAGCCCGUGUUUGACCCAGAUAUUGAGGACAAGAAAGAGGUCAUUGAGACAGAUGUGUCUAGUGUCUCCAGUGGAGAGCACGAUGUGCCGUACUUCAGGAACUUAUUGACAUCUGAGACCAGCAGACUGACCUCAUUGUGCAGACACUGGGAGGAGGUGAACAGUUCCACUCCUGAUAUACCUGAAGAUGCUUGUGGUCAGAUCCGUACUACCAUCGGUCAAGCGCAGCUUUUGAUGGACCAGCGAUUUAAGCAGUUUAAUGGCCUGGUGGACAACUGUGAAUACAAGACUGGAGAAAAAGAGACCACCUGCACUGAUUUACAGGGUUUUUGGGAUAUGGUCUAUUAUCAAGUGGAAGAUGUGGAUGCUAAGUUUGAGACUCUGGAAAAACUUCAGGCCAAGAAUUGGGCGGAGGACAAGCCAUUAGAAGUGAAGAAUAGAAAAGUACAGAAAAAAGCUACCAAGAAAUCUACUAAACCAGUGGUGAAGUCCAAAUUUGCUGAGUUCCGUGCACAAAUGAAGGCACAGCAGAAACAGCAACAAGAACAGCAGGUGCCUGUAGUUGUGGAGCCCCAGGAAAUGAAGACUUUUGAUGCAGGGUUCUUCAAAGUCAACAGUCCUGUUAAGAGUCCUAUGCUACAAGGUGAAGGCAAAUCACCAAGAAAUAUACCAGGAAAUUCCAGUCCACUCCUGAUGUCAGCACUGUCUGCCAGUAGGAGACCCAAGGUGCCAAGUCCACUACUGAAAGAUACUACUUCUCUGCGAGAAAAUAACCAGCCAAGUGAUUCUUCUACAACACAGCAGGCUGACAGACAGAUUUCAGCUGCAUCCCCUCAACUUCUUUCACGCUCUAUUGCCAAUGUCCCAGUUGUCCCCAGCCCUCUACUAAUGGACACCACCCCAGGGUUAAGGACACGCAGCAGUCGUAGGUCACGCACCUCCAUUGGGUCCAGGUCCACCCCAGGAACUCAGAAAACCAGACGACAGUCUCGGAGGUCAGUUGGGACACCUUUGCAGAAAUUGGUUACCACUCCAGGAAGUUUAAGCCGUUCCAGAAGAAGUGCCUCCCUGGGAGUAUUCACCCCAGACAGUCUGGACAAGAGAGCAACAAGGAAGAGAAGGGCAUCUGAGCCAUUAGAUGGAGAUGGACAGUCCACAUCAGGGAGGAAAUCUGUAAAGGAAUCCAGGUUUGCCAUUGAUAAAGAGCCCGAGCAAAAAGUGCAAGACCAAGGUAUUAAUGAUGCUGACUUCGCCAAAUUCCUGAUGCCAACACUGGCUGCAGAUAAUCCACAGGGACAUGAUGAAAGCAUGGAGGAAGAGCCCGGUGAGGCAGAUGAGGAGAUGGCUGCCACCAUGAAGAGGGACCUCAAGUCUCAGUUUGAUCAGCACUCAAAUUCAGCCAGAAAGAGAAGGAAGUCCGCCCUGGCCAGGACUCCUCGCUCAAAGCGCAGAUCUAGUUUGAGGCACAGCGUUCAUUUUCUUGACUCUCCUGUCAGACUUCACGAAGCUCAGAGUGGACACCUGCCUGAGACUCCAUACAACAGAAAUUCUCUCGUGGCAGCACCACGUGUUGGUAGUGGAAAAAGGCUUUCUAGUGCCCCUCUUCCCACAGUAGAGACAGCACAAUUGAUUGUAUUUACCCCUCCAAAUGGAGCAGAAGCCAAGUCAGGCACCCCUGAAAGUGCAACUCCAGCUACUAGAAUUGCCAGUCUUCGACUGGGAUUAAGUCCUAGACCAGCUGAACCUUUGGAUCUUCUAACUGGAGAUGUGUUUCCAUCCCCUCCUCGCAGAUCAAGUAGAUUGUCCAGUGUGAACAUAGGCAGUCCAAGUCUGAUAUGAUGACAACAAGCACUAUAAAGUAGAGAGGAGUUUGCUGGGACAAAACAAAAAGGGCAGUCAUUUGAAACAAGAACAUUGGGGG